GGGUUUUCAAGAAGAGGAUUCAUUAAGAACGAUACGUUCAUGUUGCCGGAAAGCAACUUUCCCGUCACAGGGGGCACUAUGCAGACCGAGGAAAUCGUGCCGCGUACACAGUCUAUUGGCAUAGACAGUAGUCUCACCGACGGCGCUGGUUUGCAGCAUCAUUUGCAUCACUCGGUACAUUUACGUUGCCCGCUAUCGCCUCUAAUACACAUGGCCGUCAAACAGGAGCCUCAGGAGGAAGAAGAGCGGAGUCGCGAUGCUAGCACGUUGAGCCCGCAAGUGGACGUAGGCAAUGUGGCGGGUUCGAUGGACAGCAAGCAUGGACAGCAAGGCGGUAAUCAAAUUCAAGGACUGGAAGAAAAUCUAGUAUUAACUGGUCCAGAUUCUAGCAAUCGUGGACGAACCAGUCGUGGACGCAGAAAAUCGCGAUGGAAACUUAAAUUUCAUCACCAAGCGUUACCACCGGAAUAUUUGGAUCAUUAUGAAGCAUCACUUGCUCAGGAAAACCUGAAUUUGUCACCGCCACGCAUCAUUGAGCCAACAGCAUCCAGUCCAGCGCCAACCAACUCGACGUCUACCCCAAGUCCCGUCGCCGACGUUCAUGGUUGGCUACAGCGAAUCGCGGCGAUGCAGCAGGAGCUCUGUCCGCAGAUCGCACCGCCUCAAUGUCCAGCGACCCUCGGUCAUAAUCAAGUCACCGCGGGCACUAGAAGAUCCGUCAUUACGUCCGUGUCUUCGCAGAAUUGCAAUACAACUUAUCCCAGUCAUCAUAUCCAACAGACGCAUACGUCUAGCAGGCCUCCCAUGAAAUAUUCCGAUCUACCGUACAUGGGUGAAAUCACUCUCGAUAAUAGCAAACCUAGACGUGGCCGGAAACCGAAAAAGGCCGAUAUAUGCCAUUUGAUUUACAAGAAUUAUGGCACGAUAUUGCCAGGCACGCCUGGUCAUGAGGAGAAAAAAUUGUCACCUCGUGAUAAGCAGGAGCGUGUGUCGCCUCAAGUACCUUUUCAAAGGACUGAUGUCCAGAACAGGAUCAGCAGUUUAUUGGAAAAACGGCUGACACAGGAGACUCGGAGGAGUUCCGUGUUGUCUGAGAAUUCGCGGGAGCAAGAUGAGCCACUGAAUCUUUGCAUCAGGGAUCUCAAUCAACUGAAGAUUCGUUUACUGCGGAAACAUGGAAACGUAUACGAGUCUGGCCAGGUGAAGAGUGAAACAUCUAGCGAUGGUGAAGAAGUAGAGUGUUUAGGGACGAGCUGCUUGUCAGAACCGGUGAAUUAUUCGGAAUCAGUUGGCCAUCGAUCGAAUAACAGUUUUGUCAAUCAUAAUAACAAUGUAAUCGAUCCUAUGAUCGGUCACAACUCCGGCUUCGUGUACUGGCCGAAUGCUGGGGUGUUUAUUCAUCCAAUGGCAUUGCAAUCCCAGUUGCUAUAUUAUCAAAAAGUCACCCAAAAUGACAAGGAUCAACCACCGCCGACAACGGAUCAACCACCGAGAGAACAAAAAAUUGUGCCAAAAUCGAUAUAUUCAAUGAUGGAGACGAAGAAUACGGCCCAAGUGUCAGCACUACCUGUAACUCAGACGAUACCGGUGUCGGUUGCUACAUCUACUUCGCCCAGACCGAAGAGAAAUGCACCCCUGAAUCAGCAGCAGAGUCAACCAACUAAACGGAAACGUUCCGCUAUAUUUAUACCACCGAUGCCAACCGAAAACAACAAUAAUCCAGCGACAGAAGUGAGCAUAUGUAAAUUCAAAUUUACCGGUGGCGCUAAGCCUAGCUUACAAGAGAAGAAAAGCCUCUCUGUAGAUUCAGGUGGCAAUUUCCGCUAUUACAGUGGUACUGGUGAUAAGAGUAUGCGCGGUUACGAGUUCUUUCCUAGAGAGGCUCUCCAGCAACCAGCGGGCCAAUCUGGAACCACUUCCGCCGCCGGGGCCUUUCUCAAUGCUGCCGGUGAGAGGAUUCAACCGCCGACGGUGUGUCAGAGAAGUCCAACCAGUCAGGACGAUGGCCGGCGAAAGAGAAAAACCAGAAAAUCCCUGCAGCGCGAAAAAUUGGAGCAGACCUUCAAGGAAAAAGGUUUCCUUAUUCAGACGCAACAGUUGGAAUCUGCAGAAGGCGCUACUUACUGCAAGUUCCGGCAACUCAGAAAAUUUACUAGAUAUCUGUUCAGAAGUUGGAAAGACUAUUUACCCGGUAAUGUACGCGAAUUGAGCGGUUGUGGUAGCGGUGCUGCCGUUGCUAUAGAUAACGACGUAGCUGAUGUUGAAGUCGACGGUGAUACCACUCUCGUUCCCUCGCCGCUUCCUCGUGGCAAUUUGCUGGAUGUACCGAAUAGCUUUGUGGAAGAUCAUCGGACUUUACCCCUUACGUGAGGCAUAGUAUUCGCGA